AUUUUCAAUCCCCCAAUUCUUGGCCCUCCCCCACCUUGCUUCAAUAGUCGCUUGUCUUCUAGUUUCAACUCACACACAAUCGCAGGGCGUCGCUCCAAUCCAGUCGACAAGUCCAUGUUCAACCAAGCGGACAACGUCAGUUCAUCCGUUUCCCUUUGGAGUCCUCGCGUCUCGCUAAGACUGGCAUGCCUCAACGUGCGCACUUUGCUACAGAUUGGCCAACAGGCAGCACUUGCCCGCACACUAGAGACCCUAUCGAUCGAUAUUUGCUGUUUAUCAGAAACCCGCCUGCAAGAUUCGAGCUCCGUGCUUACCCUGCGAUCCCCACAUGCGACACUGGCGGCACAUUCUCAUUGCGCCUGUCUGGCGAUGAUGCAGCUUCAAAUGCCGGUCAAGCUGGCGUCGGCAUUGUUUUGAGUCCCCGGGCUGAAGCUGCCCUGAUCGAUUGGAUCCCAGUCAACA